GGCGACCGAGCUGCAGUUCCAAAGAGAAACUAUGGAAGUGGGACCGAAUAGGUUGAAUACUGAGGUCAUGACGCUUUUGCGCGACGGUUGGCGUCCAGCUGUCCCAAAGGAGCUCUCCUGGGAUGCCAAACGGGUUAUCAGUGCGUGUUUUAGGGACGAGCAUGAGCGUCCAUCAUUAGAACAACUAGCCGCUGAUGAAUUCUUUCGCACGGCAAUGUCACUGGAAUCUGUGGUGGAUGGAAAAGAAAAACCAGUAUUUUGCAUGCGACACGUAACCAUCUCGCAAAUCCGUUCAGCCAUCACAGACGCUCCUUCUGGGGAGGAUUCAUGUGAAGCGCAAGAAAUUGCGUUGACCUUUCCCGAUGGGGCGAGAGCUGCGUGUAACCUAUGGGUCUACCGCAAUCUGGAUGCGGAUCGACCGAUAGCCGCGGAAAUGCUGAGUAUAGAGGGCAUGAAUGCCAGCGUCUUCGCAGCCGCCUGUGAUCUGAUUGUGGACCUGACGAUUAGCAAUGUCGCGGGACUGAAGUGCGAUGUCUUCAGGGAGCUCAGUCUGCCCAAUCUCCUUACUCUUCGUUUGGAGCGAUGCACAAAGGUUGUUCUGGCGCCAGGCGAUCUUGUAAAUUUCUCUAAACUCCGCUGUCUGGAAAUUUCCAAUUGGACGUUUGAGCGAUUUGAGGACAAUGUGCUACAAGAGCUACCUUACCUUGAGAUGUUGAUGCUCCACGAAGGCAACAUCGCAGAUAUACCAGUUAUCUUGGAAAACUUACAGAUAUCAUUGCCUGGCUUAUGGCAGUAUCUACAGAUCCAUCCGUAUUUGAUACAGUCGCGUGCGGCAGGCGAUAUCUGGAAGUACCAAAGUCUGAUAAGCAGGCGCAAUAGCGGAUUACCUCCUGUCAGGCAGCCGGAACGAUGUAUCCAGAUUGGUUUACAUGGAGAAUUCCGGCUAAUCGGUGACAACAUUCACAAGAUCAUUCAAACUGACGAACUGCAGACCACUCCAUAUAAAGACGAACUGAAGGAGCUGUGUAAACUGCAGCACCCAAAUUUAGCUGCCUUUUCGGUAACAUCGUCAAUCCACAAUCUGGUGUUGAGGAUGGAUUAUUAUGCGGCUGGGUCUGUGGGAGAUUUCUUUGAGCGUCGCGAUGUAGUACCGACACUGCAGAACGUCACUGACCUGACACGAGGGAUUCUGUUGGGACUGCAGUAUCUGCACUCAGUGGACCGAAGUAUCGCACAUGCCUUGCAUGGUGCAAUACAUCCCUGGAAUAUCCUUCUAGAGCCGCAUGGCGAUUUCUACACGGCGAAGCUCAGCGAUAUGGAUAAUUACUUGCAAAAGCUGCAUCUACCGCGAAGUGUUCGCGAACGCCGUCGUACCUACUCGCGGUACGCCCGUUGGUACAUGUCACCAGAAAUGGCGGAAUGCACAGCCAAAGCAGACUUCAGCGCAGUAACCUGCAAGACCGAUAUUUGGUCAUUUGGAAGGGUUGUCACUUUCAUAUUAACUCAGCGUGCCGAGGUCGCUAAAGAGCAGGGAAUACCCACUGAACAUUUUGACAUUAAAGAGAAUGCGUUGUAUCCUCACGACCAUCGGCGAGGGUGGUUCUCCUUACUGUCCGAUGCCGUUCCACCGUCAUUUCUUGAUUUACUGUAUCUUAUAUUUUACGAAGACCCAGAAAAUCGACCGACGGCUGAUAUGCUGCUUCGUCAUAUCAUUUACAACAGUACCGGAAACAUAGACUCGUUGACCUUUCGGUUAGUUCGCACGGACAGAAAACCAAACCUGACUGCGUACAUCGGUCCAUCCAGUCCGCUGUCAGAUGUGGUGGAGGACGAACAGCGAGCAGGAAGCAUAAACUACCGAGAAGUUAUCAGAGAAUUCACUUUAGCGAAAUCUUGGGCAAUCACUUCAACCGAGAUCGGUCUAACACAACGAAAAUCCCUGGAGCACUACCCUACCAUUAAUCACGAAGCGGUGAUGCAGUUCCUCACGUUGGACAUUCAAGCCACGGAAGUACUAAAGCUUACAGCAACAUAUUUCUCCGAUCCAGGUGAUAUUGCUCUGCCUUGGCACAUGGAUAACGCGCAUUUAUCGUGGACGGAGAUUCGGUCAUACUCGCUGGACAUCCUGAACGGACUAAACUAUCUGAAAGAAAAUGAAAUCCGCAGCGAACCCAUUACAAUCUGGUCUAUACACCUCUGUGACCAGCACAGUUGCGGAGUAUAUCAGAAAGCCAAGAUACUUAUCACACCGUCGUUAUUGGAUCUCGUCGGUGCCCAAGGACGUCUAGAUAUACUGUGCCGGCAUCCUCCGUACUGGUUUGCUCCAGAAGAGUUAACUGGGUUUUCACACACAUUCUUGCCGAUGACUAAUAUCUGGCAUUUCGGACAUAUCCUGCUGGAAAUGGCACAAGUGUAUACUGAGCGAUAUUUCGUUCAGGAAAACCACGUCAACCUUCCGGCAACUGGCGAGGUUCCUCCGUCCGGUGCCGUCAAAAUUGGCAGUACGCAAAGUGUGCUCCCCUUUAUGGAAAAGGGUUAUAAACCGUACAUUCCGUCGUACCUGUCACCUAAACUCCGCGAAGUCCUUCAGCAGUGUUUUGCUGAGCCGAUAAAUCGCCCAACGGUCAACGAACUGUUAGCGCAAAGUGGUCCUCAGUCGUUCUUUCGUUGUUCGGAUGGAAUCCAACGAAAGAUCAUCAGUCAUGAGUUACCAAGGUUCGCGAUGCGAGCGCUAACUAUAAAUGAAGUCGUAGAGUGGCAAGGCGCCUUACGCUACACGGAACCGCAGCCACAUCACAUGUCAGCAACGAAAAUCCAGAUGCAUGUUCUGCCAGAUGCUGAGAAAAAAGGUGAACGAGUGGUAUUUCUGGCGACACGCGAUGCCGAUCGAGAUCGACCAAUGCAGUUAAUUGUUAAGAGCGCCGCUGACCUUAAACGAGUGCAGUUUUCUCCAGUGUCUGACCUGGUCAUCGAGCUCCUUAUCACCGGGAUCAGUGGCUUUGAUUGCAGAUUCCUUUGAGAACUACAUCUGUAUAAUUUACUGACGCUGCGAUUCGAGGACUGCCUAAACAUUAAGGUUUCCAAAGAUGAUUUUACGGGAUUCCCAAAGCUAAGAAGUUUGGAGUUUGAGCGUAGCACCAUCGACUGUUUUGAUGCUGCAUCCCUGGACUGCCUUCACAGCUUAGAAAAUCUCGACCUUACCGGCUAUUUGCAUUUUCCACUUACAUAUGAAAUGCCUACGUACGAGUAUAUCCAGCGACUUUUGAAUUGUGCCUCGUUUGCAGCAGUUCGUGAUAUCGGCCGGAGCAAGCGCGCAUUAGUUCGUGCGAAGCCCAAGAGAUCCAUGUGGGCUUAUUAUGACCACUAUAGUGCUCGAAACUGUGGACAUUUUGAGUCUUUGAUUUUUAGUUAGCCUGUAGCGCUGUGAUUAGAGA